AAGACAGUAGCGUGUUUUUUUUUUUAAAAAGGGGAGGCUGUCGAAGUUCUGAAGUCUGUACAUUGAAUGAAAUCCAAAAGGAAAGGAAAAGAAGGAAAAAAAAAAGGGGGAAUAUGAGAAGAUGAUGAACUACAAGGGCAAGGGAAUUGCCGUGCGAGCAAGAGCUAACCAGAAUUACAGUGGAGAAGACGAAGAUGACGACAAGAUUACCACUCCCUCUCUCCCCUCCGCCAAAUCCAGUCCUCGCAACGCUUCCUCCAAAUACGACUUCGUCAAGGUGAAGGUCUGGUUGGGUGAUAAUGCCGAUCACUAUUAUGUUUUAUCUAGGUUUUUGCUUAGCAGAAUGUUAACUGUCACAAAGAUUCCAAAUCAUGUAGCAAUUAAAAUAGCUCUUGAGCUCAAGAAGCUGCUUAUAGACAACAGCCUUUUGGAUGUCUCGCAGUCUGAUUUGGAAGCUAAUCUUUUUAAGCUAAUGGAGAGGCGAGGUUAUGGGGAAGAGUACAUAAACCGGUACAAGAUGAUGACCAGAUUUCACCAUCAAAGGGUUCCUUUGGUGAUUCUUGUUUGUGGAACUGCCUGUGUUGGGAAGUCUACAAUAGCUACACAACUUGCACAAAGGCUAAACUUGCCAAACGUCUUACAGACAGAUAUGGUUUAUGAAUUGCUACGAACAUCAACCGAUGCACCAUUGGCAUCCACUCCUGUGUGGGAACGGGAUUUCAGCUCCUCCGAGGAGUUAAUUACUGAAUUUUGCCGAGAAUGCAGGAUAGUUCGUAAAGGGUUGAAUGGGGAUCUAAAAAAAGCAAUGAAAGAUGGAAAACCAAUUAUAAUCGAGGGAAUACAUUUGGACCCAAGCAUUUAUUUAAUGGAUGAUGAGCAUAAAACUCCAACCUCUGUGCCUGAAGGGCAUCAAUCGACCCCAUUGUCUGUGGCAUCAGAUGAUAAUUCUGCACUGCAACUGGAAAAUAAUUGCAGAAGUACACCUGGAAGUAAUGCAGAAAAUAGCCAAAACCAUCUUGUGCAUUUGGGUGAAGGUGUGUCUACUGACCAGGUGAAUAAAGUUUUGGAAUCGCUUGAGUCCAUUGCUCUGGCAACUGCUUCUGACAGUAAAGGUGAAACUGCUGAGGUACCAGAAGUAAAUGAAAGAACCACUAGAAAAGAAAAAUCUGGUCCUGAACCAAUAAUUAUACCCAUAGUGCUCAAGAUGGCAGAAUUUGAUCAUAAGGCAUUAUUAGAGGAGAGGAUCACUACUAGGGCAUUAAGUGGUAAAUGUCUAGUCCAGGAUACAGAUAGUCUAAUAACCAACUUGAAGACCAUUCAAGACUAUCUUUGCUCUUUCAAGUCACAGGGUUUAACAGUUGUCAGUGUAUCAGCGACGACAUUUCCACAGACAUUGGAUUGGCUGCAUGGAUAUCUUCUUCAGGGUUCAACUCCCAUCAUUUAUGUGAUUGGUCUGAGUGGAGUGUGAUCGUCUAUCUUUUAUGGGAAGGAGGAGUGGGGUGGUCGCAUAUUAGGUUUGCUGGUUGGGCUUUUACUUUGCAAUACUUUGUGGUUCUUUGAACAUGAAGAAGAGGGUCUAUAUAGCUCUUUCUGAUUGGCUUAGAGAGAAAAACUGUGAAUGGGUUUUUCAAUUCACUUGAAUCCUUUAGGAUGUUGAUUGGGUCAUGGACCAGCCACUUCAAUAUACUUUUUUUCGUAUUUUAUUUUCUUUUUCUCUGUUUGUUCCUUCUCUUCUCUUUUCCUUGUUUCUUGUACCUGACAAAAUUGUUUUGCUGGUUAGAAAUAUCUGCUGCUGGCAUUGUUCUUUUCUCUCAUUGUUGUUCUAUAUAGCUAGUAUCAUCUAGUUGGUGGUUCAUUUAUGGUAAUUUAUCAUUUUUGUUUGAAA